GAGUCGACCAGAAGAUAUAAAUAAGGAAAGGCAACGCACGCGCGUAUUAAUUGUUGGCUGUUCUAAACGGCCAGAAGUGCAUCGAAUAUUACGCAUACGCAGCGUGGCCAAUGAUAAGUGACUAUAACUGGCUCCUAAAAGUAUCACUAACCAGUGGCAAUGGAUCAAAAGAGCACGGGACUACGGGAAAACUAUGGCCAUCGCCGUCAGCCCGCCUUGGGCAAGGCCAUGCCAGUGACAGCUCUUUUGCUGAAUUUGGAGGCAAAUCCUUUGGACUACCGAAGAAAUGAUAAUGGUGCAGAGAUGCUGGAAGAGGAUGACAAGCCACCGCAAUUGUUUAGCGUAACGGAUGAGCCGCCCUCGCCCAACGAAAAGGAUUUCAAGCCACCCAAUCACCAUGAGGACGAUCGCGAGCUAGCUGGUGAUCGACACAGGGAUAUACCCUGCUCGAAUUGCCUGCAAACGGCAGCCGGUCAUCUGACCGAUCGCCAGUCGGCCAUCAAUGAGAUGUGCCAGCGUCUGUGUGGUCCCGAAUGCAGACGUCCCCAAGGUCUCACGUUGGAUGGUGUGCGUCAGGAUUUCCUUAGGCAGUACGAGAUCGCGGAAGCUGUGGCCAAGACCUCGGCCAUGACCUCCACCGUUCAGAUGAAACAGCGCCUGGCGGCGCGAAAACUGGAAUUCGAAAAGGAAAUGGACGAAGAGCUGGGCGUGGCCAGCUCCCCCCGUAUCGAUAUCAAUCUCGGCCAGAGUAGUGCCGCCGCUUCAACUGGAAUGGGAGAGUUGGAGUUCGAGCCGCCUCGCGAUUUGCUCUUGUAUCUGGUGAGAAUGGGCUCAUUUAACUCGGCUCCAAAGAUCAACAAUGUGGACUCCCAGGACGAUGGCCUGGUACUGCCCGCCGGACUGAGCAACUCGGCACUCCUUCAGCACGUCCAGCAAUUGCGGGGCGGUGGCAUCGAGCAGCCACCGCUGCUCACCCGCGGCUUCCUGAAACCGCUGCUGAGGGACGAGGAUGUCGCCGACGGACUGCGAUGCCUCCAGCUCAACUCCGUAUCGAGGGUUUGCAGUGCGCCAGUUGAGGGCGAUGUCAUUCGGUUGCUGCAGUGGAACAUUCUAUCUCAAACUCUCGGCCAGCACAACGAUGGAUUUGUGCGCUGCCCCGACGAGGCUCUCACCUGGGACCACCGCAAGUACCUGAUUGUCCAGGAGAUACUGCAGAACCAGCCCGAUGUGAUUUGUCUGCAAGAAGUAGACCACUUCAAGUUCCUGCAGAAGGUCUUGGGUUCCCAGAAUUACGCAGGCAUCUUCUUCCCGAAGCCGGAUUCGCCGUGCCUGUACAUCGAACAGAACAAUGGACCCGAUGGCUGUGCCAUCUUUUAUAAGAGGGAUAAACUGCAGCUGCAGGGUUACGAUACGAGGAUUCUGGAAGUGUGGCGUGUGCAGAGCAACCAGGUGGCCAUUGCGGCCCGGCUGCGAAUGCGUUCCAGUGGUCGGGAAUUCUGUGUGGCCACCACCCACUUGAAGGCCCGCCACGGCGCCCUUUUGGCCAAAUUGCGCAACGAACAGGGUCGCGAUCUCAUUAGGUUCGUGAAGCAGUUUGCCGGCGAUACGCCGCUGCUGCUCUGCGGCGAUUUCAAUGCUGAACCGGUGGAGCCCAUCUAUGCAACGAUCUUAGGAUGUGAUCUUCUUCGCUUGGGUAGUGCCUAUGCCGACGUGAGGCUAGACCGCGAGGAGGUAUUGCAUCCCAGCGGGGAUGUCGGUGAAUUCGUCUCGAAAUCGAUGAAACGAGAACCACCCUACACAACCUGGAAGAUUCGCGAAGAAGGCGAGGAAUGCCACACCAUCGACUAUGUUUUUUAUACACCCAAUCGCCUCAAGAUCAAAAACUGUCUAGACUUCCCGGCCGGAGAGCAAAUCGGCAAGAACCGCACACCCAGCUUCCAGUAUCCAUCGGAUCACUUUUCCCUGGUGUGCGACUUUGAGUUGCUGCCUCCGACGGAAAACGGAAAGGAAAGCGGAAGCGGAAGUGGGAGCGAUGGUGAAAAUGAAAAAAACGUGGAGGGCAGCAAGCAUGGAUCCAUUCAAUAGAAAACUCCACUAUCAUAAUUCGCCGAAGAAGAAGUUUCAAUAACAUUACAUCGAUUGUGAUAUUAGUUGUUAGAUACAUAUUAGCCUCAUACACAACCGUUGCACUACAGUUUGCAGCUUUUACAAAUGAUAACCCAAAAUUCACAAUUAAUAAAUUACAAAGUAUGGAAAAAAGUUAACUGAACUUCUUUUUCUACAAUAACGCGAAGAUAUUUACUUAAUAAACAAUAAAACCAUUUUCAGAUCCUAUAAUUUAAUAAGGAAAU